AUGCAGCAGUCUACUCCAAUCAUAUUUGAUACAGGAGCCAAAGAAGUAGAUACAAUACCCGAAAGUGCAGCGAAUUCAACUCCUGCAGCUGCUGAAAGUUCACCAACUGCUGAAACUUUACCAACAGCUUUCGAAGAAACUGAUGCAGUAGCUCAGUCUCUUCGUCGUGCUCGCAAAAAUCCUGCAUGGAUGAUGUACUAUGAGAGUGUUAUUAGAGAAGAAAAAUGGAGAAAGGCAAUGGAUGCUGAAAUUAAAGCUAUUAAAAGGAAUGAUACUUGGGAGCUUAUUGAUCUUCCUGAUAAGCACAAAAUUAUUGUUACAAAGCAUGGCACUAUUAGAUUGCUAAUUGCCUUGGCAGCACAAAAUUUGUGGUUGAUCUUCCAAUUGGAUGUCAAAUCAGCUUUUCUACACGGAUACUUGGAGGAAGAGUGUCCAUAUGAGCCUACAUUUUUUGUGAAAAUUGGGGAGGAUGGAAGAAUGCUCAUUGCGUGUUUGUAUGUAGAUAAUCUUAUCUUCAUUGGGAAUAAUAAAGGCAUGUUUUCUGAUUUCAAGAGGUCUAUGAUGAAUGAAUUUGAGAUGUCUGAUCUUGGUAAGAUGCAUUACUUUCUUGGUUUAGAAGUAGUGCAAUCUAAUGAUGGCAUAUUUGUUUCCCAAAAGAAGUACGUGCAAAAUUUUUUAAAUAAGUUUAAGAUGCAGAAUUGCAAUCCAACCAACAUUCCAGUUGAGUUUGGCUUGAAACUAACCAAAGCUGGGAGCGGAAAGAAGAUGGAUAAUACUUUUUACAAGCAAAUUAUGGGUAGCUUAAUGUACCUAAAUGCUACAAGACCAGACAUCAUGUAUAUUGUUAGUCUUGUAAGUAGAUAUAUGGAGUGCCCAACUGAAAUUCAUCUCUUAGCUGCGAAGAGAAUUCUUCGUUACUUACAAGGAACCAAGGAUUUUGGAAUUUUCUAUAGGAAGGGAGAAAAGGUAGAUUUGAUUGGCUUUACUGAUAGCGAUUAUGCAGGAGAUCAAGAUGGUAGAAAGAGCACUUCAGGUUAUGUCUUUAUGUUAGGCACAGAGGCUGUAUCGUGGUCCUCCAAAAAGCAAACAGUCGUCACAUUAUCAUGUACAGAAGCUGAAUUUGUAACUGCUACAGCUUGUGUUUGUCAAGCUAUUUGGCUUAGGAGAAUCCUUAAAAAGCUGUAA